UCCGCGCCGCCUCCUCCGGGCGUCCCCUGCCGGCUCCGGGGCUCCGGGCUGCUUCCCUCCCCUCUCUCCUCCUUCCCUUCCUCCCCUCGCGGGACUGCCGGACUCGGGGCUUGUCGCCGCUGUGGCAGCACCGUGUGUGUCGGUGCGGGACGCGGUGACAGCGCUGGCGGUCGCCCUCAACCCCGUACCGGGGGCUCGGCGCCGGUACCGAGCCGUGGUGCCUGGGCUCGACGCUGCUGUGUCUCGGCGGGGCAGCCGGCUGGUUCCCCUUCAGGGCAGCCUCCCGUGGAAAUAGCGCCGUGCGAAGGUGUUGCUUUUCAGUGGUCUCUUCUCCUUUCGAGUGUCGGGCCGUGGACUUUGUUGGCAGGUGGCUUUUUUUAAUGCAGUAGUGUUGUUUCCUGGCUGAAGAUUAAAGAUGAGAAUAGCAGGUGCUGCAAAGUUGGUGGUAGUUGUAGCAAUAUUUUUAUUGACAUUUUAUGUCAUAUCUCAAGUGUUUGAAAUAAAAAUGGAAGCAAACUUAGGACACAUAUUUGCUAGAUCAGCAUUGGAUGCAGCUGCACGCUCCACAAAACCUCCAAGAUACAAAUGUGGGAUCUCUAAAGCUUGUCCUGAAAAGCAUUUUGCGUUCAAAAUGGCAAGUGGAGCAGCAAAUGUAGUUGGACCUAAAAUUUGCGUAGAAGAUAACGUUUUAAUGAGUGGAGUUAAAAAUAAUGUUGGCAGAGGAAUAAAUGUGGCCUUGGUCAAUGGUAAAACAGGAGAACCAUUAGACACUAAAUUCUUUGACAUGUGGGGAGGAGAUGUGGCACCAUUUAUUCAAUUUCUUAAGUCUAUCCAGGAUGGAACCAUAGUGUUAAUGGGAACAUAUGAUGAUGGUGCAACCAAGCUUAAUGAGGAAGCACGGAAGCUGAUUGCUGAAUUGGGAAGCACGUCCAUCACUAACCUUGGCUUUAGAGACAACUGGGUCUUCUGUGGUGGAAAAGGAAUUAAGACUAAAAGUCCAUUUGAACAGCAUAUAAAGAACAACAAGGAUACAAACAAAUAUGAAGGUUGGCCAGAAGUUGUUGAGAUGGAAGGCUGUAUCCCUCAGAAGCAAGACUAAAUCAAAACAAAA